AAGUCGGAAGCAAGCGAGCAACGAAACCGGAAGUUUACAGUUCAACACAGCGUUGUGAAGUAAUCCUUUCGAUAUUUUUCGGGCCUUUCUUCUAGCGUUGUAUUACAAAGAAACGCAACAAUGUCCGAAAGGAAAGUCUUAAAUAAAUACUACCCUCCAGAUUUCGAUCCUGCUAAAAUCCCCAAGCUUAAACUCCCCAAAGAUCGUCAAUAUGUGGUCAGAUUGAUGGCUCCAUUCAAUAUGAGGUGUAAAACAUGCGGUGAGUACAUCUACAAGGGGAAGAAAUUCAAUGCGCGCAAAGAGACCGUUCAGAACGAGCACUACAUGGGACUGCCGAUCUUCCGGUUCUACAUCAAAUGCACUCGUUGCCUUGCUGAGAUCACAUUUAAGACUGACCCGGAGAACACGGACUACGCCAUGGAGCAUGGUGCAACGCGUAACUUCCAGGCUGAGAAACUCAUUGAGGAAGAGGAGAAGAGAAUCCAGCAGGAGAGGGAAGAUGAGGAAUUGAACAACCCCAUGAAGGUGUUGGAGAAUCGCACAAAGGAUUCCAAGAUGGAGAUGGAAGUUCUGGAGAACCUCCAGGAACUGAAGGAGCUCAACCAGAGGCAGGCCCUAGUAGACUUUGAGGGAAUGAUCGACCAAUACAGAGCGCUGGAAAAGAGAGAGAGGGAACGAGAAAAAGAAGAGGAUGAGCGCGAAACGAAAGAGAUGUUGGAGCGUGCACUUGUGAAAAGACUGCGAGACUCUGACUCUGAUUCAGACAGAGAAGAGGAGAGCAGCAGCAGCAGCGGCGGCAGCAGCAGCCAGUCGAAGUCCAGUGCAGACAAACCAACAGAUAUCCUCACCACUGACAAAGCAGCUGCUUUACAGGGAGCUGCAUCUGGGGGAGUUAAGCGGGCCAAGGUGGAGAGCUGGGAGAAGAGCGUUGGAACCCUGGGAGCUCGGGGGGCACUAAGCUCCCUGGUGGUGCGAAAGAAGCCAACAGUGACGGAUAAAAGACCCGGCACAGAGGAAGCAACUGCUUCUCCUGCAUCGCAAACAGAUUCAAAGACAUCAAAAGGAGACUCAACAGAUGCUUCCAAAUCCAGCGUUUCACAAAACGGCUCGUCAUCUCUGAGCCUACUGGGGGCGUAUUCAGACAGUGACAGCAAUGACAGCGAGUGACAAAGAGGUGCAGAGAGAAAAAAAACAUGUUGAGGUUGAAAUUCUGCUUGGAAACUGAAUCAUAUGUGGGUUCUGGAUAUUGGUUAAUGUUUGCUGGUCGGCAACUACCUGGAAAAGUUAGAUUGUCAUACGCCCUCAACCUCCAAAAUACACGUUUAUGAAUUUUUUUUGAUUUAAAACAAAAUUGUGUAGUAAUUGUGUGAUGUUAAACAGUUUAUCAAGUAUUCUAUUAAAAUAUUUCAUUAAAACUUGAAAAAAACGGUUUAAACUAA